AUGCGGAAAGGGCUUUUCGGAGUCAUCAGUCCGACGGCAACUGAUAUGGAUGUUGGGUGUCUCGCCGAGAAGCUCUUUUCGAAAAAGAUUCAUCGCCCCAAGGGACGAGCAAAAAAAAACGGCCCUAGCUCCGCCCACAUCGCCGCAUUCUCUUCUAGUUUGCCUGCACCCGAAUCCUUUCCUCCCGCUUUGCAAAAAAUUGAGCCGGACCGGUUUAUGGUCCUGACGCGAUGCGCUACCGUAUCCCCCGCAAUGAGACUGUACGUCGUCCUGUUAUUACUAUCUCUACCUGCUGAAGCUUAUAAUUUUACGGUGAUCGUGGAGCAGCAGCCGGAGCCGGUCCAACUUUUCAAGCCUGUCCUUCUGCCGGUCCCUGAGCCCGAGCCCAAGAUCGAUGACGUCACGAAGAUCCUGGAGAAGCUGGGGAACUACAAUCGCAAUGCCUAUCCGAACCAGGAUUCAGGUAUUUUCCAAUAUUAUGAGUGAGAGAAAAAGAGAGCGCAGAUGGUUAAAGAGCGGCGUGUUUUCAUGUUUUUGGUAAGAGUGUGUUAAAAGUGGAGGGACCUAGACAGUUACAAAUCGCUCUUCUUGUCUGCUAGUCUCUUCUUUUUCCAUGCUCUCUAGUACCUGUUCUCCUCUUCUUUAAAUCAUUCUGUAGCGUACAAAUUUAUCAAUGGUUGAGAGAGUAUUUCAAAAUUAGAGACGCAGAGUUUCUGAUGUCUGUAUCUCUCCAUUUUUCUUAUACUAUCUCCACAAGAUUCAUCAAUGUUUUCUUUUGGAUCUCGUUGGAAAUGAGCUAGAGAGUGUGGAGAAUUCAGAGACGCAGCAAAUUUUCAAAAUACCUAUCUAUGUCUUUGUGUCUCCACUUUUUCUAUACUCUCUAAUUUUUUUUCGAACUUGUGAUAUUCAUUUUUUUUGCUCAAUUUUUAUGAAUCAAAGCCCAUAGAUAUAAUAGAAAAGGUGGAGAAACAGACACAUCCUGAUUACUCACAAUGUCUGCGUGUCUCCUAGUUCAACCCCCUCUCUCACUUUGGAACAUAUCCCUUUUUGAGUCGAAAAAUUUCUCAAGCGAAUUCGAGUGCAUUGGAGCGCACUUGACACAGGAGUUGCGUUCCAAUCUUUUUUUUUUUUGAAAGGUCAGGAAUCGUUUUUUUUUGUCUGGAGAUUGAAAAAAAAGGUGUCUGAAACUACAAAUUUUAGAAAAAGGGCAGCUUUUUGAUAAGAAAAAAAGUUUUUUAAGCAAAAAGUUGGGUAGAAAUUGAGUAAAAACGGCUCAAUUUGAGAAUCCUUUUCUUUCCAAAAAUCAACUCGGAAUUGAUUUUAUAUUAAUUUUACUAUAUGAAAAUAAGUUCCUUGUUCAAUUUCUGGCAAAAAAAGAUUUCCUGGUUCAAUAGGAAAAGGUGGAAUAACCUUUAGCCAAACGGAUUUCCGUUGCGGAUACGGGGGCCGUUUUUCGGAGUUUCUUUUUUUCAAAUUUCAAAUGUUCGCAUUUUAAAAAGGUCCUCACUUCACUCCAAGUUUGUGAAACAAGAAUGAAAAGUCAGGAAAAUUAAUAAUCUUCAUGUCGAAUUUUUAUUGUAGCAAAACUUGGUUUCUAUCUUAAUUAAGGGUUGUUUACCGCCUGGUCACAGAAAAAAACGAAUGAAAAGCCGCAAAAUUAAUACAUAUCCUAAAUAAGAAAUUCUCUAGUUUUUCGUCUUUCUUCUCUUUUUUUUUUAAAUUCGCUGAAAAAACGAACGAUUUCGCAAAGACGGCCGGAAGCAAUUUCCUUCACAACAAACUAUUAUGGACAAUGGCGCAAUGUCUCGAGAGCUGUUCGUUGGGCGAACAUUUUUGUUGAAACAAGAGGGGCUGGAUGAACAAAAAUUUUUGGCGUCGAAACUAGGAUUUGAAGCUUCGAAAGCGGUCAUUGAACUCUAAGAGGCUUCAUGAACGCUUGAAGCAUAGCAUAAAGCGAAAGUCACAGAUGGUCGGUUGCAGAAGCGGUUUGAGCCAAAAAACAAGAUUUCAAGCUUUGAAAAUGACGAGCGAUUGAAUAAAUCAUGGAACGUUAGAAAGCUUCCAGCCUAAACCAUAGCAUCAAGCGCAACUCACAGAGGGUCGGUUGCAAAUGCGUUUCGGCGAAAAAAAGCAUCACUUAAAAAAACUGGUUUUGGCGUUUAAAUUUUGAUUUGAAGCUUCAAAAGCGGUGAAUGAACUUCAAGAGACUAAAUGAAGCAUAAGCUGCUAGAGUGCUUCCAGCCUAGAGCAUAGCUCAAAGCCCAAGUCGUACGUGGUCGGUUGCAGAAGCGUUUUGACCCAAAAAACACGAUAUAAAGCUUCGAAAAUGGCAAUGACCUCCUAGAGACGACAUAAAUGCUGAGACCCUGCAGCUCCAGACUGAAACGUAGUCUAAAGCGCAAGUCGUGAAUGGUCGGUUGCAGAACCAAUUUCAUCCUAAAACACUAUUUCGAGCUUUGAAAGUGGCAUAUGAUCUCUGAGAAACUUCAAAGUCACAUAAACCAUUAAAAACCUCUUUGAAAGAUAGGCAGUGAUCAGCUUCCAGCUCCAGUCUUCGUAGUCCAAAGCGCAAGUCGUGGAUGGUCGGUUGCAGAAGUUUUUUGAGCCAAUAUAAUGAUAUAAUUUUCCAAAGUGAUUAUUAAACGACGAGAGAAUGCGUGAAGCAUUUACUGCUAGAGAGCUUCCAGCUUUAGCCUGGACAAUAGUCCAACGCGCAAGUCAGAGAUGGUCGGUUGCAGAUGCGUUUCCACACAAAAAGCACUUUUUCGAGCCUCGACAUUGUACUUUCGAGAAACACAUAAAGCACAGACCGCUGGAGAAUCCCUAGACUAAAGCACAGUCCGAAGCGCAAGUCGUUCAUGGUCGGUUGCUUUUUGGCGAUUUCUAGUCUUGAAAGUGUCAUCUGACCUCCGAGAUACAACAAAAGCAUUGAUAGCCCUGAAAUUCUUUUUUCUCUGGCGUAAACCAUGGAUGGUCGGGUUCAAGAAAAAUAAAAUCUUUUCAUGGGAUCAUAGAAGCUUGUUCAAGCGGACUACGCUAUAUAAUCAAUUUCAGAGACUCCAACCCUCGUCGACAUUCAAAUGUACAUCGAGGGAAUGUCCUCAUUUCACGCUCAAUCGAUGGUGAGACUUUUUCAAACUUCUUGAAUUUCGAUCAUUUUGGAGAGUCUGUGUGGGAAAAAUAACGCUGAAAUUAUGAAAUAUGCACGAGGUUUUGUUCGCCCCAGCGAACUCUCUCGCUUUGCGGUUUUCCGAGUACUUUUCUGAAGAGUUCAGAAGGAAUGAACCCAGGAAAAAAUUGAGGAUUUUCUGGAGAUAUCUAUAAAAUUCUGGACCUCCGGUUUUUUUAUCAAAAAAAUGAGGCUUUUUAUUGACUUUUUUUCAAAAAUCCCUUUUUUUCACCGAUUCGGUUAUCGUUUCUUGAACUUUUUUUAGAUCUCUAUUCCAAUUUCUUUUUAAACUUAUGAAGCUUUAAUAACUCACAUAUCAAAAAUUUGAGCUAUCAGAUCGUAUCAAAUUUUUUUCAAACUCAAAAAAAUUUCUAUUGAAAAAGUUCAAAAUAAUUUUUUCCCGCCAAAAAUCGGAAAUUUCCAUUUUUUUUUUUUCCAAACACCCAAAUCUCUUUGUCACGACACCAAAGUGCGGUUUUUUACGCCUUCUCAGCCCUUCUGGGUACAAAUUAGACACAACAAUCGGCCGUAAUUUCCUUCUUCUCAAUCUCGGCUUUUUAUUGGAUCAAGGGAAGAAAGGAAAACCCAAGAGGAUGUUGAAAAAGAGAUGGAAAAGUUGACGUUUUUUGAGUGACGAGAAGAGGAGUUCUUCCUUUUUUGUGGGCUUGAGCAUUUGUUUUGAGGAUUUUCGGGAGAUCAGUAAAGUUGAAGGGGAGUGGGUCUUGGUAUUUUUGAGUUUGGAGCUUUUUUUUUUCUUUUCGAGCAAAGCCGGAGUGGUCUAUAAUGGCCGUUAAAAGGGCAGGCUCCAAAAGGCCGCAGAGAGGCAGCAAAAAAGGAGCCUUUUUCACAUUUAAAGGAACAUAUCUAAGCCUUUUUCCACCCUUCCAACUUUGCCUAGGAAAAAAACUAGAAGUCUGUCCCAAAAGCCUAAAAAAUUAAAAAAUUAGGCUAGAAUUUUGACAUUUCUGUACAAUGGAGCACAUUUGUUACCAUUUUUCAGCUUCAAAAAAUUUUUUUUUCUCAGUUCGAAAAUAAUUGAUUUUUCGAACCAUUCCAUCUCUCAAAAAUCUCCAAGCAGAGAACAAAAUAACAAAAUUUUGAAAACCCGAGACUCUCAUGAAAUAUUCUCGGCGGUUUUGUGCGCUCUAACGAACACUUAUCCGUUCUUUCCUUUCUUUUUCGAGUGGCUCCUGGGUUUUUUUUAUCUUUUCGGUUUUCGGAAGUUCAAAAAGAUUGGAGAAGGAGUGGAGAUUGAUAGGUUUUUUCGUUGUUUGAACUUUGAAAAUUCUCAAUUUUUCUUGUUUGAAAGAGAACUCUGGAAAGUUUUUAAAGGCACAUGGAGGCCUUGGAAUGAUUUAUUCUUCGGCUUUAAAAUGAUUAUCCUAUGAAAAAUCAGGUUAUUAAAGGCGCAUGUGGGGCUUUCAUUUUAUUAAAAAAACAUUUUCGCCUUGAAAUUCUUCAAAAUUCUCUGUUAUGUGCUCCUUUAAAAAACAAAACCAAAAUCGAAAAAGUAAAUUUUUCGAUUUUUUUCGACCUUUUCUAAUCUUUUUUUCAUAUAAAAAAAUAUCGUCUCUUGAACCGAGAAUUUUUUUCUUCUUAUAAAAUCCGAAGAAACCGUGAAAAAAAUGGCUUCCGCGUUCAUUUAAACUCCCUCUUUUUCAAGAAAAUAGAGUAAUUAUUCAGCUCAGCAGGUGUUCCCACGCCUUCUUUCUGAUGAUUUCAGUUUCCGAAAUCCUAGAUAUGGAGAAAACGAAAGCUUUUUUUUAUUCAGUCGGUGGUUACAAGUUCAAAAUCUUAUUGACUCGAUGAAAAAUUCAAUUUCCAUCGGGAUUUUUUCAGAGAUUUUUGAAUUUUAUUCGAGGAUCAAUAUUCAAAAUGAGGCCGAAUUGAGAGAAAAGUUCGAUUUCUCGAGGCUUUCAGUAAAAACUAACAAAUAAAAAAAUUGAGUAGUCCGCCGGGAGAUGUCUUUCGGCUAUGUUCCAAUUUUUUUCCUCUCGGAAAAAGAAAAUUUUUGGUUUGGUUAACCAAAAUUGAUACCUUUAGGCUUCAAAAAUGUGUGAAUUUCCUCUCUUUUCAUUCAAUUUUGAGUUUACUUUCAAAAAAGAGUUAUCCGUAGAGCGUACUUGCUCAACUUAAUUGAGCCUUUUCUUUGACUUUUCGCUUUUUUUGGGCAAAUUUUCUUGAUAUUCCCUUUCCAUAGAGCGUUUUCAAUCAACUUCAAUUUCCUAUAAGUUUUCAAAUUUGCCAGUUGCCUAAGUCUCAUUGGAGCGCAGAAGCUCACUUUUUCGCGGCUAUUUUUUCCAUACUAUAAAAAUUAUAUGUUUUCUAAAGUUUUCAAAGUGGUUUGACUCUGAGCCAAAAAUUCCUGUUUCGAAAUUCUCCAUGGAGCGCUAAAUCUCAAUUCUUUGCGGCUAUUUUUUCAAAUUAGUCUUUUCAGAGUGGUUUAAAUUUUUAACCAAAAAUUUCCCGUCUCAAAAUUCUCCAUGGAGCGCAGAAUCUCAAUUUUUCGCGGCUAUUUUUUCGUAUACAUAUUUUUUUAUCAAAUUUUUUCGGGUGGUUUUUAAACCGUUAAAACUACUAACUGAAAAUUCCUGUUUCAAAAAUUCUCCAUGGAGCGCAAAACUUCAAUUCUUCGCAGCUACUUUUUCAUAUUAAUUUUUUCAGAGCGGUUUAACUCUUAACCAAAAAAAUUUCCGUUUCAAAAAUUCUCGAUGGAGCGCAGAAUAUACUUGGCGGCUAUGUUUUCAAUAUCAAAAAAAUGUUUUUUUACAACUUUUUCCAAAGUGGUUUAACUUUUUAUCUACUCAAGAUGAAUUUUAAAAAUUUCUUUUUUUCAUACUUAAGACCGAAUUAUCCAAGAUUUCUUUGAAAAAAACAACAAAAAAACUUUUUUUAUUAUCUUCCAAAAAAAGGAGAAAAAAAGAAGACACGUAGAAGGAACAAAGGACGGAAAUCAAGCCGUAGAAUGUUUGAAAAUUCGCACGCGGAUUUCAUCCACAAUUUGCGACAUUCAGCCCCGGCAAACCACAACCGAAUUCUCAAUUUACGCACCAGUUUCUCCUUUUUUUUCCUUCUUAAACAAGAAAAAAGGGAAAUCCGACUAGGUUCUGUGGCUAAUUAAAAAGUGUCUGGGACGGAAGAUCUUUCAAAAUGAGAUGUGUUCUUUUUUUUUGCUUUUUGUUUUACCCCGAGGCCAUAUUCGACUGGGAAAAGGGGGGGAUUUCUGAGAUCUUUGAAAAACAAAGGAUUUUCUUUUUACAAACCAGCAAAAAGUAAACUAUAGAAGAAAAAAACUGAAAUAUUUGGGAUUUAUGUAGACAACGUCUAAUAGAAAAAAAGAGGCGUUUAUGGAAAAUUGUCUCAAAAAUUUCUUUCAAGAAGGAAAAAUCUGAUACAUCUUUUUUUCGUUAAAAAAGAAAAAUUUCAUCAAAAAAAUUGAGAAAAAAAUAUUUUUUUAGCAAAAAAAUUUUUUUGGUAGAUUCACUCUUUCAAAGGUCGUUCCUCGAGCAAAAAAUAUUUGAAAGAUUAAAAAUUUCGAUAAAAAAUCCUAUAUAAUCAUAUUUAUGAUUCUAAUUUCAAAAAUUUUGUUUUCCAUGUUUAAAAAUAAGUUUUUUUAAGGACUUCCAAGUGGACAUCUACUUCCAGCAAAAAUGGAUCGACAAGCGGCUCGUUCAUAAUAAUACGAAGCGGAUUCUGAUCAAAGUAAGUACAUGAUUUACUAUACGAAAAAGGUCCUGACACGAUAAACAAGAUAGUGGCUGGUUGGUGGAGGGCACGGACCGGCCACGCCCCUUUUCUAUCCAAUGAAGCUUCUUCUUUUAGAUCGCUAUUUCGGUUUUUGAGGCCAUUUUUGGUGAAAAUGAACUUUUUUGAAACUCAUGGGUAACCAGGGCUUGACAGCGCAAAAUCAAAGAAAAAAAAUUUUUUCAAUUUUGAGCUGUCAUACCUCUUUCCGGAGAAGUUUUUGAGCAUCUCAGAGGGAUUUCUGAGAUCCCUUUAGGGGUUUGUUGUUUUAGGAACCACUAUAGGGGGAGCAUAGGGGUCCCUCAAAUGCCCCUUUGAAACCCCUGUAGGGACCCCUCAAAAAGUUUGUCAGAUAUUUCAAAAAAAUUCAUGUUUUUUAAAGUUUUCAUGUUCAUGAUGUUCGCUAUAAACCUAUUUAGCGACAGCAUGUCCUUUUUCUGGAAAAAAUACAGUAUAUCACAAAAUUACAGGUCCUAAAAAACUGGAGGUCUUGAAGCGAAGCGCAAAAAACAGCUUGGUGUACUGUAGUUCCUGCUACUAUUUUUUAACGUGACAAAGUCGCACGGAAAUCACCAGAAUCGUGAUCAAGAAAAUGAGAUUGACUCUGUCAUAAUGAAAUAUAUGAAAAAUCCAACUCAGGGUUCUAGGGAUCACUCAAGAGGGCUGAGGCUACUAAAGUGGCCACUAGAAGGGCCUAUAAACGUUAUCAAUGUCCGAGAACGAAAAAAAAGCUUUCCAGGACACGAAAUUGUUCGAUUUGAUCUGGCAUCCGGAUAUCUAUUUUGCCAACGCGCGAACCGCAGCCUUUCAUGACGUCACUCAGCCGAAUUUCCUCGUUUGGAUCUACGGUAAUGGGACCGUUUGGUACGAUUGUCGGUGGGUCGAAUACCGUUCAAAUUGAGACAAAAAAAUGGUCAAAAAGUCGUCAAAAAUCGAACCGAAAAUUAUCAAAAAUUGAUACGAAAUUUGCCAAAAAUUUUAUAAAAGUCUUCAAAAUUGGGACAAAAUUGGUCGAAAUUGUAAUGAAAUUCGUCAAAAUUGAGACAAAAUUGGUCGAAAUUGUAAUGAAAUUCGUCAAAAUUGAUACAAAAAGUUGCCAAAAAUUUUAAUAAAAAAAUUGUUAAAGUCAAGAAAAAAACUCGUCGAAAUUAAGACAAAAACGCUUCAAAAAUUGAAACGAAACUUGUCAAUUUUUUUAGACAACUUUCUGUCAAAAAGUUGUUUUUAAUCGUUGGUUCAAAAUUGAUCAAUUAUUAUAAUUUUUCUAACUUGAAAUAAAAAAACUUAAAAAUAACUAUAAAUGAACUAUUUCCCUUGCAGAAUCUCGAUGACCGUUCUGUGUAUGCAGAAUUUGGCCCGAUAUCCUCUGGAUUCACAAGGUUGCGGUCUGCGGAUACUCAGUUGUGAGUUUUUGUCAGAAAUUAUUUCUAGAUCAUCUGAGGAAUCUUUAAAAUUUCACUUUCCCGCCUUUAAUUCCGAAAAAUGCUUUGGAUCGGCAUACGGACGAAAUUUUACAGUAGCCAUGCACGCGAUGUUGCGGACGUCUCAUUAGACUCGCAUUUUGUAAGAAAUAACCGGAUAUCUGCUUCAAAUCAAGGGUUUCUACUCUGAAAAAUCGAUUAAGAAAACAGAAAACAUAUUGAUAAUAAAGAAAACACAAAUAAUCGCUAUCCCCAUCGAAAACUGUGUAAAAUCAUCAUUUUCACCAGAAAAGCAUUUUUGCGAUCAAAGUAUACAAAUUAUACAUGAAUAAAAAGCUUUUGUGACGAAAAGAACUUUGGUGACAACAGAAAAAAUUAAAAAUUGAAAGAAACGAAGAAAAAAGCGAAGAUGGCGAAGAUGGCGCCCAUAGAGCAACUUUACUGCAAAACGCCUUUUUGGCGGGAACUCAAGCUUUCCUUUCUCCGACUUUGAAUUAUUUUUUCUCCAAAACUAGGAAGUUCGGUACGUUUCCAAGUUCACCGUUCGAUUCGUGAUGAAAAACUCUACAAAGUACUGCUUUGAACUGAAACACCGUUUUUUACUGACCCUAUGCCUUUAAAUUUUCCUUAGAGAUUUUUUUUAGAUGCCUACGACACGGAACAGUUGCAAAUCCGUUGGAACGGCAGAGUUCCCGUCGAAGUGAACAAGGAUAUCCGGAUGCCCGAUAUGAGGCUUCAGAGGAUCAAAUUCUACGUCAGAAAUGAUUCCUAUGCAACAGGUUUAUAAUAAUUUCAUAGCAUUAUUUACUACGUACGGUAUAAAGAUAAUUAGUUAGAAUAGAAAGUUGCCUUAUUUUUUUCCUGAUUUAACUGGGAAAAACUUUAGGGGUCCCUUAAGGGCCCAAGUAAUUGCUGGACCUCUUAAGAAGCCACUAAAGAUACUUCCAAUUUUAUGGAAAUAAUCAAUUUUUCAGGGAUCUGGUCUUGCGCGAUAGCCGAGUUUCACGUCGACCGGGAAAUCACCCAUCAUAUUAUUCAGGUAUUCUUGAAAAAUUGACUAAAUAAGGUACAUUUUUCAUCUAAGGAGUGAGGAUAACCUUUCAGCUCAAAGUUCGAGUGGAGAAAAUUAUUCAAAUAAGUAAAAUCUGCAUUUUUCAUUAGUUAUACGUAUCUACACUCUUUUAUGAAUAUUGAAUCAGGGGAAAAGCUCAAAAAUUACCUGAAAGGUUCUUUGAAAUAUCUUCCUAACACCUUUUCAUGACAUUUGAUUUAGAAGAUCUUUUUGAGGAGAAAAAAAAAAGAAGGUCAUGACAUUUUCCAAAAAAAAAGAGAUAUAAAAACCGAUACAAAGACAAUUUUUUUUUUUGAAAAAAUUAGAAAAAGUAGCUUACAGUUAGAACAGACUUUCAGUACUUUUUUAAGAUCUUGAGCAUUUUUUAAGGUUCUUAAAUUUUUUGAAGCCUCUGAUAAUGCCUAAAAAUAAACGGAAAAUUUUGCCAAAAUCCAUGUUAUCUUUUUUUUUCAUUCAAUGCUUGGGGUUAUUAAAGGAGCAUAGGGCAUUUUUGACGGGAAUUCCGGCGCGAAAAGAAUUUUUGAUAAGCCUCUCUUACCUGUGGAUGAGUUGAGCGGGAAACCAAUAAAAAUUCGGCCUUCCCAGGGCUAAAACUUUCUUGAAUUCAGUCCUACAUCCCGACGGCGUUGAUCGUCAUCAUCAGCUGGUUCAGCUUCUGGCUUGACGUGGAAGCCGUACCUGGCCGGGUACCUGAAAAAGAGGGCAAUUUUCGAUUGAAAAUCUCAAAUUUUUCAGGUUUCCUUAUCAAUUACAACUUUGCUGACGUUGGCAACACAGAGCAGCGCGGCGAGAAUGGCUCUUCCUCAGGUGAUUUUCGAAAAAUCCAUUUCAGUUUCAAGUUUGACAUCUAGGAACGCCAGAGUGGUCACUAUAGGGUUUAGAGAAAAAAAAACUCCUUAUAGGGGUGAAAAUUAAGGGGUCACUUUAGAGUUUAACGGUCUGACCCCUAAACCCCUGAAGCUCAAGGGGUUCCUAUAGGGUCUGAAAUUUGAAAAGACAGACUUGAUCUAUUACUUUUUUUAAUUCAAAAACGUUAGUUUAUCAAGUUUUUCACAUGCGGAUGAGUUCAUUACUAUAAUUGACUAGCACAUCUCCUAAAGAGGCCACUUUUGCAAGCUUUAGUGAGCCAUAUAGGGGCAGGUAAAGUGGCCCCUGGAGUGGAACCUCCAAGAGCCCACUGUAGGGGCCACUCUGGAGUUUUUCCUCGGUAAUUCAGUAUGAAUAUCAAAGCCUUACAAUUCUAAACAACAAGCAAACCUGAUAAAUAUAGUCCGUUUUUCGCGACUUGGCGGGACUUCUCUGCGCCCUCCUCCUCUCUCAGCGUCUCUCUCAUGUUUACGUGCUUUUUCCAUGUUUCUCUGACCUCGCCGGUGAGGGAACAGAGAGAUGCAGACACGCGAAAACUGUCAAGUCGCAGCGAAUGAACUAUAAAUAAUCAUUAAUUCACCUUAAAAUCCACAAAAUUCUAGGCCUCAUACGUGAAAGCGAUCGACGUUUGGAUGGGAACCUGUAUGGCGUUUGUCUUCUCGGCCAUGAUCGAAUUUACAGUAACCCUCACAUGAGCAUCUAACUUCUAACCAUUUCCAUUGAGGUCGUGAACUAUUGCACCCGGAGGAAACAGAGGAAAAAGCCCCGAAAACGAGGCCUCACCGAGCAAGUCCAAGACCUCGUGAUGCAGUACAAGGAGAAGAAGAACGACAUGGUUGGUGUUAACUGGAGUGUCGGAAAUUCUGAGUUUUCCCUUAAGUGUUUUUUCCUCGUUUUUAUGUUUAAAAAGGUACUCAAAAAUUCUGGAAAAAAGUUGGAAUGUUAAAAAACCUUAUUCAAAAUGGUGCGACGUGAUUGGUGUUGGGUGGAACCUCAUGAUAUCCUCCCGAGUGGUCCCUUAAGCAUUUUCCGGCGUUUUUUUUCAUCACCCUAUUAUAUAUUGAGCCUCAAACCAAUUCUUUCUUGAGCCAAAGUUUCAAAUAUUGAACCUUAAACUCAAACUUUCUCUAAACAAGCUUUCAAUUGUUGAAAAGUAUUGUAUCUUUCCCAUGGCUUUUUCAUGAGGCUUCAGCAAAUUUCAGGUACCUUUUUUGAUUAAUCUUGAUUUUUAACAACGAAAGAUGUGUCUGGUUUCUGAAAUUCAAUUCAAGUAUUGAUGUUUUUGCUUUUUUCAAAAAAUGAUCUUUCACAUGAACUUGAAAAAAAAACCUUUUCUUACCCUUACUCUUAAAUAUUGAGUCAAAACUUAGGCUUGAUCUAAUCAAGCUUUAAAGUAAAAUAUGCUUUAUGUGCGAUUUUUGCUACCUCUCCCUUUUUCCACCAAGUUUUGGAGCCUUUAAAAUCCCAGAAAAAAUGGCAGGCUCGAUGAAGGGACCCUUUUUGCUGCCUCUCUGUGACCUUUUUCGAGCCUUUCUGCGGCCUUUUUCGAGCAUUUUUGCUGCCUUUUUCGAGCAUUUUUGCUGCCUUUCUGCGGCCUUUUUCGAGCCUCCCUUUUAGCGACCAUUAUCCACCAUUCCUACUGUGCCCGAGUUGAAAGCUUCCAAUAUUGAAAGUCUGCCUCCGACUCCUAACCAGCAUGAUUCUCAACCCUCCCGGCGUUGGUUUUCAGUUCAACAACGGCAAUGCAUGCUACGAGGUGUCGGUGCACGGGGGCGACAACCUGAAUGUUCAGCGAAACUUCGAGAAGAAGCAACUCCGGGAGAUGAACCAGUCGCCCUUGCUCGUCCGUCGAAACAUGCUGCCCAGCUUCAAACGGAAAGCCAUCGAGGAGCGGUCAGUGUUUUUGAGGAAAAAAUCUCAAAUAACCGACUCUAAAAACAAGAUGGGUGGACUGCCAAGCUUAAAAACGCAAGAGUGGUCACUAAAGGGACAAGCUAAUGAAUAGCUUCUAUAGAUUGCGAAAUAGUGCUCACUAGAGGGGUAAAAUUGAGGUGGCCCUCUAGAGGGGGUUUUAGACCCCCUCUGACCAUAAGGCCUCUUAAGCUUCAGUGAUCCCUAUAGGAAUCUUUAAAUUUAAUUCAGAUUCGAAAAUCAAAAAGACGUAUUUAAUAAAAAUUGAUAGAUUCAUCCUCUGUUGACAUUUUUUCAUUUAAAAAACGGUAACUUUCCGAUUUUUUCGCAUGGAAAAUGCUUCUUCUUAUAGAUUUUAUAGCAACAAUCAGAUAGAAUGGCCCACUAAAGGGACCACUUUCUGCAAGCCUCAGUGAGAGAUGAGGUGGUCCCUUGAGGGGAGACUGGAAGAGCCCACUCUAGUGAACACUCUGGUGUUACGAAGAAGGUUAUUUCUUCCGUAUGCGACACGUCUCUUUGGCGGGAAACUUAGAUACACAUAACUGCAAAAAAUGUAAAAAAUAAAGAAGUUCAACUAAACUUUUUCAAGCCCAUAAAGUGGAAGCUUUUUUCCGAUAUCAAGUUUCCCUCUAAAAACGCUUUCGAAACAAGUUACUCUUGUCAAUCUACCCCUAUCGCUUUUCAAAUUGGGUAGGAUUGGCUAUGAGUUUUUUUCUCUAUAGGUAAAGGUUGGGUGGUCCCUAAAGGGGAACUUUCGAGGGGAUUGAAUAGCAGAACCACUCUGACAUUCCUCACUAGAGAACGCUUUUACCCCCUCUGAGGGGUUUUUACCCCCUUUUUGAGGGGUUUUUUUAUCCCCCUCCCCCUCUUGAGGGGUUUUUUUACCUCCCCCUCUUGCGGGUUUUUACCCCCUGAGGGUUUUUACCACCCCCUGAGGGUUUUUUUACCUCCCCUCCUGAGGGUUUUUUACCCCCUGAGGGGUUUUUUUCACCACAUCCCCCUUCUCAGGGUUGAAAUUUUUGGUGAUGUGUACUUUCGGACCUCCUGAUUGCAAAAAUAAAGAAAACAUGUCUUUUUUUCGAUUUUAAAAAGCUUCAAAGUCCGCGAAGUUUGCAAAUUAUGACUAAAAGGGCUCUUUCGAGCUUUUGAAACGUUCUAACUCGAAAAAAAAGAUCAAUUGGGAGUGAUUUUUUCUUGUUCUGCAAUCAGGAGAUCCUUUAGUUAGGGGGCGCAAAGCCUCGCCCCUUCACGCCACCAAAAUGACGAUUUUUUUGUUGCAAAAACGGUUUUGAGGCGUUUAUACUAGCUAAAGUCCCACUUUAAAAAAUUAACUGUUUCUGUUAAUCUAUGUAAUCGACAACGCUCUACAAGACUGAAUAUUUUAAAAACUAUGUUUUUUUCAAAAAUAAGCGAAAAAGUAAGAUUUAACACGAAAAAAACUGACAAGUUUCAUAAAAUCAUCGCGUUUCAGAAAAGCAAGUGAGGAACGCUUCUAAAUUUUGAGUAUGUUAUAUAUUAACACUUUCUUUAUUUUUUUCGAGUAAAAAUUUUUAAAAAAAUCUAACGACGCGAUCGAAGCUUGUAAAGUGACACCAAACUUUGAAGCUGAAAUGCGAAAAAAAUUUCAGCGACAUGGUAUACUUUUUAUUUGAUUUAAAAAACUAACAGUGUGUCCAAAAAUAAAAAAAUUCAAAAUGAAAAUAAUUAUUGGGACAGCGAAUCAAAUUAUAUUUGAGUUUUUGCCAAAACCUCCUUUUUUUCGCCUGCCUCGUUGACGCAUGAGAGAAUAGGAUCGCGUCUAUACUUUUUGCUUAUGUUAUUAAGCGUUCAAAACUCUAUCAAUGAAAAAAAUUAUGAAAAAAAUCGAUCGACGCGAAAAAUAACGGCUUUGAAAAACCUCGAAAAAAAUGGCAAUUUUUGAAAUUUUGGAAGAUUUCGUGCAAGUGUCCGUAGCAGUGUUUGCGUCAAACACACCGAUGCGCCCUUUUUAAAUGUCGCAGGAGCCGUUUUUCGGAGUCAAAUUGUACUAUUUCCUGUUUUAUUUCGAAAUAACAUUAUUUUUUUCAUUUUUUUCUUUUUUUCCAAAUCGAAUGAUAAUAAUUUUUUUCUGAGUAGAAAAAAAGAAAAAAAUAAGCUGAAAAAAAUCCCUUUGACCUUUUUUCUAGGUAGUUUUUCGAUAUUUUAUCAAAAAUUCUUAUGAGGAUUGUACAAAAGAUUCAUACCAAAACAUGAAGCUCAGUUCGGACAACCUCUCAGAACAGAAAACCGAUUUAAAAACGGUCCAGAAACGCGCAAAAACAUUUAAAAAGAAAGCGUGCGGCAGCGGGUAAACCGUGAGAUUUUGCCUCCAGUUGUACGCCGCGCGCGCUCGUUUUUUGGCCAUAACUUUUUUCUUAGUGAACCUUUUUUCAAAAACUAAACGGAUUAUGAAAAUGGACAGUCUCCUCUAUCGAACAAUGUGAAAAACAUAUUUUUUGAAUCGUUCUGAAGAAAUGGCUUGCGGACCCUACCUUUAGUACGCAAGCGAAGUAUCAGCAAAAGUUCAAUCAGUUUCCUAGUAAGCUUACUCGGACUAUUUCUAAACUAACUUUUUUUUUUCUCAGAAUCAACCGAGUGGAGGAAAACCGAAAGUUCGCGCAAAGCAUCGACCGCUACAGCCGAAUCUAUUUCCCAGUCGCGUUCAUCGUCUUCAACAUCGUUUACUGGGUUUAUUACCUCAGAUACGACGACGGCCGUUCGCCUCCCUGCCCAUUUGAACACUUUUUUUCUAGCCCUUGUUAUUGUAAAUACUCGGAAUGUCCCCAUAUUUCACACGCUCAGGGAAGCCUCAAAGUUUAGGAAGAGCUUUUUUUGUAUGGUAGUUCAUUCAUAACAGCCCAAACGAUUUUAUUUUCAAGUACUGUUAUGGAUGAACUAUUUCCUUACGGUUGUAUUCAAACGGUUUCAGUUGUUUUUUUCUCGAAAAUGAAAAUUUCAUUCAUCAUUCUACAGGCCCCGAAAACAAUUAAAACGCAUUUUUGCCUCAAAAGCAUAUUUCAAAAUUUUGAGAGAAGUGAAAAAACAUCAAAAGGGGCGCAUCGGGGAAUUGGCCAAAGCCAACAAAUAACAGGAAAAAAAAGUCAAAAUCUGACUGAAAUAUUUGAUGUCAUUGGGGAGAGGAUAUUGGACAACGGAAGGAAGUCAUGAAAAAAAAAAGCUUGAAAGCUUUCUUUGCCCCUGAAGUGGUCCCUAGGCUUCAUUGGGGUCUGGAUGCAUAAAUUGAAAUUCUGUAGUUUUUACCUGAACACCUUUUAUUCGGAAAAGUUUUUUUUUUAAUUUUCAGAAACCAAGUGAUCACUUGAAAGAUUCUUGGCUCAAAAAAUAAUUUGAGGCAUUUCCUACUGUUAUAGGCAGGGGCAGUAAAAACGAGCUUCAUUUGAAACCAGUAUCUGGUAGAAAUUUCUAUUGCGAAUCGAACGAUAUACUUUAAAAUGUACAAAAGUUCCUAUUUUGAGAAAAAAAGCCUUUUGAAAUCAAAGAGAAAAGUAAUACUUGCAUAAAAGGCAUUCGCAGCAAAGUUGCUCUAUGGAUAACAGGCAUCGAAAUUUUUUUCUGGUUCGAUUUUUGCUUUUUUUCUGUUUUUCUUCAAUUUUUCAAUUUUUUUCUGUUGUCACGAAAAGAUCUUUUCCGUCACAAAAAAACUUUUCUAUUCAUGUAUCAUUCGAAAAACUUUUGAUUGCAAAGUGCUUCUCUGGUGAAAAAAAUCACAGUUUUAUACAGCUUUCCGUUGGGAUAUCAAUACUUCGCGUCAAAAUAAACUGACCUCCCUGGAAUCCCAACUUCCGGGUGCCCGCGAAUCCUGAUCCGUUCCAGCUUCGUUGAGCAACGUGUUCGCCUGGAAAGAAAUCGCCGAAAUUACCAGAGAAGAAAAAAAAAAGUUCGCGCCGGACCGGCGACUUUUUAUGUCGCCGCGCCGAUUUCGCCAGCGAUUGCGUUUUAUGGAGAUUUUAAUGAAUAUGUCGAUUGCUUUGAGAAUGGCAGGGGAAACAAGUGAGGAAUGUUGGGAGAUUCAACAACUUGAAAAAGGUUCUUUUUUAAAUAUUCAAAAUUUUGGGUGGGAAUAAAAAGUUCACAGCAUUUUCGGCAUAAAUGGCUGUUUUAAACUUUGCAGAAUAAAAAAAUGCAGAUUAUUUUAGACGACCUCUAGGAUUUUUCAAUAACACUUUUUAAGACUCACUCAAAACUUUGAUGACUCGAAAAAAAUCUCUUUUUUUCAGCUUUUAAAAUAAAGGAAAAAGUUAUGUAGAAAAAUGUGCGCUUAAAAAAAGGAAAAAUUAUGAAGAAAAAAACAGUUAGUUUUUCCCCUUUUUUAGAGUCUCUCAUUGUUUUAAAAAAAUAUUUUUAUAAGAUUAUUUCAGAAAAAAAUAAUAUUUUACUGUGUUCCUAGGUUCAUUUAAGCGAUAUAAGAGUUUUCAAAAUCUAUUUUUUGAAGAUGAAAAAAGAUUUACUUGAGAAUGAAGGCUUAAAAAGUUUAUUCUUUAAUGGACAAAACUACUAGUUUUGCAUUUUCUGUUAACUCUGGACUAAGAUUCGGAAAAUUCCAAGCCUUUUUGAGUAAAAAAAAAGUUGGUCAAUCAUGUUUCUUUGGUCUUAUCUGAAAAGGAGGUUGGGAAUUUUCUGAAAAUUGGUCAAAGCACUUCUUGAUGUACCAGAAGAAGAUCCUGAAAGUGACAACCUGCACAACUAGUUUUUAAGAAAGGACGCCUUAAAGUCAACCACUUUGAGGCUUUGAGCCCUUAUUUCUCGAAAACUAGGAAGUUGUACUGUUUGAGACCCCCCGAUUAUUUUUCUGCUACAUCAAGGAGUGUUCUGGUCAACUUUCAGUAAGUAAAAUGACCUCCCCUAUGAGGAAAGUUGAAAAAAGAGACAUUUCUGAACAGGAGAACCAAAGUCGCAGAACAAACAGACGCGACCAAAUCUACAUAUCUACCUCUUGAUCGGAAAGAAGACUAAGGAGGCCUCCGGCAAAAAGACGGCGUCCUAA